AUGAAUUACUGGCUAUCCCUUAUCAGAUAUCUGUUAGUAUGAUUAUAGAAAGAGUCGGAUUCGGCUUGGCUCGGCUUAAAUCGGUUCUAAACGAAUCGAUAAUCCGGAAGUGCACUCUGGUGUGAUGGUCAUCAUACAUCAGAGGACUGUAGCGGCAUCCUGUGGAGCCAGCUGUGAGAAGGAGCCACGGCGGAGGACACGGCUACUGCUGCACAGUGGCACCGUGCAUACACAAAUCACUUAGCAGCUCGCUGCUCCAGCGGGGUAAAAAAAAAAGCAGAGCCGGGGUAAGAAUGGGACGCAGAGGUGGAGGUGCAGGCAGCACCGGAGCCGCUGUGCAUAAACACUGGGAUGUGCUGGGAGUGUGACACUAAGGGAAACACAACUCUAGCUAACGUUAGCUAGCUAGCCAAGUGGCCGCUCCGUGCUUCAGCUUAAUGUGAGCCUCGUUCCGUUUCAAGAGGAACCGACUCGCCCUGAACGGCAUGUGAGAGGAUGAUGGCUGAAGGAUAACAUCCAAGGAGUCACAUUCCCUCAACCCAAAGUGACCCCUCUUUCCCCCCCUUUUUUUUUCUCUUUCAUCUGCACUUCUGCGACCCCUUGCUGAACUUCUGCGAGUCCUCUCUCAGCUCAUUGCCCCAUCUCUAUGGGAUUUCAUGGAGUUGAUGCAUUCCACAGCAAGAUCAUGUGAAUUGAUUUUAAAUUGGCCAGUCCUCUUCCUCCUGACACCCUCCUGACCAAAAGGCAGGAUGACUCUAGAAUUCUAAAUAAUGUGAUCGGAUAUCAACUUCCUGUCCAUCUGAGAUUGCAACCUUGGUCUGUAGAAUUCUCACUCUGGUUCCAUCACUUGUUCCCUUUUCCACAACCCCAUCCCUUCCUAGUGUCAUUGGGCCAUGGUUCGAAAGAAAGGUUCUCUUAUACUAUGCGGUGCUUUCCUGUUUGUCGCCUGGAAUGCUUUGCUUCUACUUUAUCUUUGGGGUCGGCCUCCAAUAGGCCGCCUUGGGGAAGGCGGUGGAGCUGAACCAGGAGGAAAGGAGGAGUGGGGCGUGGGCAGAGGGAAAGGGAGCCCGGUCAACCUGGCUGGGGAGGUGAUCCGGCUGGCAGAGGAGGUUGAAAUUCAGCUUGAGACCCAGAAAAAGCUGCUGAAGCAGAUUGAAAGUCACAGGGCAGUGUGGGCUCGGCAGAAAGAUGUUGGGAAAAGAGAAACAGAAGAUACAAAAGAAGUCAAAGUAGAGGCUGUCCACCAGCCACCGAAGCCUCCACUUCCUCUAAAAGACAAUGUGCAUGACAGGGACCAAACUGAAGAAAAACAUACAGAACAAAAGCCUGUUCCUACAGUAGCUCCCAACAUUAAAUUAGAACAGCACCAGGUCAAUGAAAUAAAGAAGGAAAUUGUUGACAACAAUAAAUUGGUGACUUCUGUUGCAAACCCAGAAGUCGUCAUUCCUAUUCUAGUUAUUGCCUGUGACAGAGUGACGGUAAAACGGAGCCUUGACAAACUUAUACAGUACCGUCCUUCUCCGGAACUCUAUCCAAUCAUAGUCAGCCAGGACUGUGGGCACGCUGAGACAGCUCGUGUGAUUGACUCCUAUGGCCAUCAAGUGACACACAUAAGCCAACCAGACUUGUCGGACAUCAGAGUCCGGCCAGAGCACAGGAAAUUCCAGGGCUACUACAAAAUUGCCCGACAUUACCGCUGGGCACUCAACCAAGUGUUCAACACGUUCUCCCAGUCCACUGUGGUCAUAGUGGAGGAUGACCUGGAGGUGGCACCAGACUUUUUUGAGUAUUUUCGAGCCCUGUACCCAAUCCUGCGCUCUGACCCAACCUUGUGGUGUGUUUCGGCCUGGAACGAUAACGGCAGAGAUGCCUUGGUGGAUCCAUCCAAAGCUGAACUGCUCUACAGGACAGACUUCUUCCCUGGUCUGGGCUGGAUGCUGCUGAAGGAGAUGUGGGAUGAACUGGAACCCAAAUGGCCCUCUGCGUUCUGGGACGACUGGAUGCGUCAACCAGAACAGCGCAAGGACCGCUCCUGCAUCCGGCCUGAAAUCUCCCGGACUAUUACCUUUGGCCGAAAAGGCGUCAGUUUAGGUCAAUUCUUUGACCAGUAUCUUCGCUAUAUUAAGCUAAACACUGAAUUUGUGCCUUUUACCAAACAGGAUUUAUCUUAUCUGCUAAAAGAGAAGUAUGAUGAAAGGUUUAUCAAAGAGGUUUACAGCGCCCCACUGGUGAAGAUUGAGGACCUACAACAGGGGGGGAGUUUAAGAGGAGCCGGUCCGUACCGGGUGCAGUACUCCAGCCGGGACAGUUUUAAAGUCUUUGCUCGAAAUCUUGGGGUGAUGGAUGACUUGAAAUCUGGAGUCCCUCGUACAGGUUACAGGGGAGUAGUCAGUUUCUUGUACCGGGGUCGAAGAGUGUUCUUGGCUCCACCAGAGGGCUCAAUCAAGUACGACAUCAGCUGGAGCUGAGAAACGAUCCAGACUGUACAAUGUAAAUGGUGUUGAAGAGGGGAGAGAGCCUUACACAGAGGAACACCCUCUCAGACCAAAGAAUAUUAUCGAAAAGGUUCAUGAAGGAAUUAGAGCAGCACAGAUGGGGCUGCACAUCAGUGGAGCUAGGAGAUCAAGGAGUGUUGAACCAGGCCUGUUUGUCAGGAAGUUUCUAAAAUCGGGUGCUCAUUCAGGAUCAGCUAGUUCAACAGCCACACGGACUUCACAAAGGGUUCAAACUUUUAUGAAAGGAAAAUUCCACCCCUAAAUACUGUUUAAAAACAGCUAUUGGCAAUGUGCCUUGCUUUAUGGGCCCAUUUUGUUUGGUGUGUUUUUUACUCCUGUGAAUAACUGGCCAAAUGUAGAGUUAACAUCACAUCCAGACAUUUUCAGCAGCUGUAAAUGAUGGUAGCAGGAAAGAAUUAGAAUCGUCAACAGGAAGCGUCAUGUUUCAAUGUCAGUGAUAAUGCACUGGAGGCCAAACAGCAGCAGAGUGAUCAUGUGUGGAACUUGGGAGAAAAACACUGCUAAAUGUUAAAAAAAGAUGAACCAAGAUUUUACACACUGCAUUCUUUUUUUCAGUGUUUGGCAUAAAAAGAAUCUGAAGUUGAAAUUGAUCCAACUCUUCAGAUCAUGUUACUGUUUAAAUCUAUAAAAUUAAUCAGAAGCAGAGUUGCGUGCAAAGGAAAACUAAAAGCUUCUUCAAGGUUUUAGGUGGUAUACAAAGGCCAUAUUCAGUGCUGAACAGUCAUUAUAUGACGAUAGACUCCUGAUGGUUACCAUUAAAGAUGAAAGACUUCAGCAAUGAUACAGAGAGAAAGCAUUGCAGAACAAGAAGAAACAUCACCAUCCCCACCCCAAUAUAGUCGUCCUGAUCCAGGAUCAUCAAACUGUAUCACAGUCGUACUUUGCUAUCUGCUGGAACUUGGAUAUUUCAGUCCGUGAGCAACUCAAAGCAUUUAUCACAGGAAGAAUAUUGAAAAUGCUCACAUACCAGAUUAUAAGAAACCCAGUAGGUGGAAAAAAUGACAUCAGGCAGGUGCAAAUUAACCAAAAACAUGAUUUAGUCAAACCAAGAAAGGUCUCAUGUCAAAUCAGUACAAGCCACAUAAAAUCAAAUAUGGCACAGGAUGUCUUUUUCACUCUCUGACUAGAGUGCUGAAAGCUAUUUAAAGAAGAUUAACACCUAUAGUAUUGCUGUAAUAUAUCAUCUGGCAGCACUGAACUCUGGUUGGUGAGUGAAGAUGAAAUCCUGCACCAUGUUUGCUAAGAUGGUUGUCUACCAUCAGGUGAGUUUGUUUCAUACAUUCCCUCUAUAAUGAAUUUCAUGAGCUGCUACAGUGACACAAAUGACAUGUCCUGGAUCAAGGCAACGCCUUCUGUAGCAUCACAAGAACAGUAUUUCCACAGAGCUUAAAGUACAUAACACCAAAACAGUAAGUUAUACUAUGACACAAUAACCCUGAUAAUGUUUCAUACAGGAGAAGUAACAAGAUGUAUAACAGUGUGACAGGAUCAAGGGUGGAGUUUUUCUUGAAUUACCAGCACUGCUGUCCUUAUAUAAGUUUAUGAACAUGGCCUUGAAAGCAGUGUGAUGACAGCACACAACACUAAAUCAAACCAGAAGGAUGAUUCUCACAGUAUGAUGGCCUCGGUCUGCUGCAAACGAACUAGUUUGUCUUGUCCAACCAUGUCUAAAUGCUUGUAGCUGUUCCAAGUGUCCCAACGCGAUGAAUUGUUCAAAUGGGGAUAACAGUGCACACUUUCAGUCUGUCCUAAAAUGCAUUCAAGGUUUUUCACUCAGCUGUUCUAAUAAAACAUGACAGAAGUAGUUCUAUGAUGAGGUUCAAACCAUUUCACAGCUCUGCACACCUGGCCAAUCACUGCAUACAGUGAUCCUCAUUGACAGAUUGUCUGUUCUGGAAAGUUAAGAUGAUCUGACAAGCACUUAGUUUGAAACAUACUGAGGACUUUAUAGUUGAUCUUCUGUUUGAGCUGGUCUUAGAAGGUCUAUUUUUUUAAAAUGUCUUUUAAUGUUUCCGAAAAGCCCAGUUGGAUUUUCAAUCUGAUGGUUGAAGGAAAAGCUAUGUUAAUUCUACAACCCCCCUCUGCUUUCAAAGGGUUAAAGAAUCUACAUUUCCACCACACCAUGGUGUGGGUGAAUGAACAUGGUUUCUAAAUGUGUAGAAGGAAAUUGUCAAUAUGAAGGGUGAAGCUAUAACGUGUAAGGCUAUUUUGAAGUAAUUUAACUGUUGUGAACUUUUAGUUCUAACAAGUUUGCCAAGCUGCAAAGGAGAUUCAAACAUCGCUGAGUCUGACAUUUUAUUGAUGAUCACACCGAAACCUUGAUACAGGGCAAGUUGUAAUUACAUGACAUCCAAACCAUGGUUUGGUCAGCUUAGGUUUGUUGAAAAACCAAUGAUUGUCUGAUAGUUUUUAUUUGUUUCUGCAACGAGACGGCAGGUGGGUGGCUAGAGAAAUGAUUAUCACUGUACUGUAUUUAGCUUUGGGAGAUUAUCCACAAGAUUGAUUGAUUCCCAUGUCUGUAUGGUGAUGUGUAAAACCACUGCCUGAUGUGUUUAUAACUUUAAUACAUUAUAAAUAAAAUCAACUAUUUUGAUAUUUGUCCA